AUGUUGACGAUGAAGCUGCUGUUGCUGUGUGAUUGUAAUCUUGAUAGCAAGAGCAACUCGUUUGAUCAUUUUUUUUACUUCUCUGCUUACUGUCGACAGCCUUUUGUUUAUUCAAGACUUUUAAAAGCAAAAUUGGAUUACACUUUAAGUGAAAAGCGACUUAAGAAUUAUGAACCUAAAACCGAAUUGAUCUUAGAUGAUGCGAAAGUAAACUUCCCAAAAGGAUUUUCGUCCCACAAAUGA